UUUUGCCCUCAGCGUGCCGCUCGGGCAUGCUGAGGCUGUUUUGCUCGCGACGCAUGCGCACAUCGGGCACGUUUACAUUCGUGACUACAAGCUCCACUCGCACUAGUCGCACUCCGCCAAUUUUGGUUUUUGCUUUGGUAUUUUUUUAAUUUAGAGGCAGGGAUCAUGGAAAAAGCAGCGGAGGAAAAAAAGAAUCGAAAGAGGAAUUGGACUGACGAUGAGGCCAUUGCCCUUCUCCAAAAUCGAGCAAUUAUUCAUGGAUCGGAGCCGACCCUGAGAGGUGCAAUGCUGACCUCCAAAAUUCAAGCCAAAAUGCAGGAAGAGGGCUACAAUCGUUCUACUGCUGAAAUUUCCAAGAAAAUGCAGAAUUUGUUGAAAGACUACAAGGCAUUUUUGGCGAAAUAUGGGAAAUCAGGAUCAGCAAAAUGUGACAAGGAGGAUUUAUUCAACGCCAUGAAGCAAACUUUUGGCAAGCACAUUGGAGGUACGGGAAAUGAAACUGAUUCCAUGACUGUAGAGGAAGAGGAGGAAAUUGUUAAGAACACCAUGAAUAAUGAAGAAGAAGCUGAUGAAAGCUUCGUCAAUGAAUCUGGUGAAGACACACCUCAGACACCAGAAGAAGUAAAGUCUGACGAAAAGAAACCUGAUCCCGGAGGCAAAUUUAUCAUAAAAAGCAGGAGAAGGCAGCAAGCUCCAACCCAAAAAUGUUUGAACGAGAUUACGAAGUUGACCGACGGGAGUGCCAAGAUAUUCGAGCAGCAACUUGGGCUUGAGAAGAAAAGGACUGAUGCCUUCACUUUGGCAACAGAGAAGGUGGGACGAGCCUGUGAUGUUGCGAGCGAAUAUUUUCAGUCCACCAUGGAACUGACUGCUCUUAAAAAGAAAAAGAUGGAGUUGGAUGUUAAGACUGGUGAGCUCAAAUUGAGAAAGCUACAGCAAGAGAUGGGCAUCAUAGAACCGAUUACACCAAACUUCCUUGCUGGAGAAUCUCGCACAUCGGUGCCAAGUCGAUCAUUACAAUUUAAGACUUUUGCUUCCUCUUCUAACCAAAUGCAAGUUGUUACGUCUGCUGAGGGAAAGCAGAUGAUUAUACUAGCUCCGCAUCGCCAGUGAACUGAUGUUAAAACUGAUCUCUAUUUUUAAGUAAAUCCUAAGGAUAAUUUUAUCUACAACUUGUAGCAUUUUGUUCAAUUUGAGUGAUCUUUAUUGUGUGUACUUCGACUGACAAUUUACGAAUCAAAUAUUUUUUAUCACUUAUGGCUUACUGGCUGCAUAAUUGUUAAAUGCUAGAAAAAAUUCUCUGCUAUUACAAUAAUUCAUGGUCCCAAUUAAUUUUAAAUAAGAGGCUUUCUCUGCCUUUGGGCCACUUGUUUCAUAUUUUCUAGUUACAAGCAAACUGAAAAAUUGAAUUUGUGAGAUACGGCUGGAGCACAUUGUGCAAUUUUAAGGUAUAUGAAGUGUGAACCAUGUUAAUAAUGAAAUUAUAAGCUGACUAUUGUACUGAUAUUUAUUACAUACUGUUGACUUGGUGCUUAUUUAUGAAAAAAGUAAUUGCAUCAUUGUACCGAAUAUUUUUCUACCUUGAAAUAAAAACCAA